GAAAAGAAUCAAAAACCUCGUAAAUAAAAAAAGGAGAGGAAAAAAAAAACCCUAGUUUUUAUCCAAAAUCGAAGAAUGUGGUGAUCUCGUUUCCCCGUUUCCAAUAAAAAUUGCCGCCAUGGAUUCGACCGACGGAUUCAGCGUUUCUCCUCCGAAUCGAUCCCCAGACAGAGGAGAUCUCUGCCCCGCCCUCCGCGAAUUCGAUGCGGAUCUAAGAGAGUCUAAAUACGCAGCCUCCCUCUUCAAAUUGAAGAUGGUAGAAUCCAGAAAGGUGAAAAGCAUGAAUCAGUCAGGUUCGUACAUGACCGAGGCCGGUCCGCCAUCAACGUCCCUUCAUCCAUGUCAAAAGUGCACAAAUCGCCAUCCUCGACAUAACGGAUGCAGUUCCCUUUCAAUCCCAGCUUGCUUGCCAAACAGGAUGUUGAACAGCCAGUCGCUCAGAAAGAAAACUCGAUCGCCAAUUUCCCUCACUGGCUCCCACGCUUCCUUCUCAAAGUCCAUCUUGUAAAUACCAAUGCCAGCUUCUGUUCGACUCCCCAGCAGCAAAUUCCUCAUGACGAGAAAAAUAUCUCCGCAGGAUUCAACCAUGGGACUCCACAGAUGCGCAUAUUCCAGGCAAUAGUUCGGGUCUCUCAACUCUGACAAAAGAGGUUUCAGGGCAAGGAGCAGUAUGUAUAAGUACAAGGUUCUUGCGGAGCGUGAUCCCGUAAAAUUUUCCAUUUAACCUGAUGACAUUGUUAAGAGCAUCCUCCUCUCCGAGAUUUUUAUUGCAGUCGUGAGGAAUCCAACUUUGUUCAGAUCCUAGGUUGCAGAAGUGAACUCGCUGGUUGUUGAAGUCAGCGAGCAUCACGUCAUAAUCAGGGUUAUUUGGGGAUGAAGAUAGUAUGAGCUUGUGAUCCCUGCGGCCCUCAGUAUCUUCAAGAUUCAGAUAAGGUUGCAGGGCUCAGCAAGAAACAACAGGGGGAGAGUCUUGGCCGUGCGCGAGAACCCAUCCUAGCGGAGAUGGCCAGCAAGUUCUCUACAUUUUCAAUUUCAGGCACAUCUCUAACAGAGAAUCCACUCCCAUUCAAACCGACAAUAGUUUGUGAGAAUAUGUCAUCUUCCUCAUGGUAGGAGACGUGGCUCAGGCCUGACAUCGAUUCUUUCGUCUCUUCCAUCGGACUU